AUGAGAAUUAAUACAGGCUAAAUUUGCAAGGGGAGAGAUACAGGGAGGACUGCACUCAUGACACGACGUGGUCAGCCGAUGCAAACGGUUGCUAUCCUGAGUUUGUGAAUCUGCAGGCGCUUGCACUUUCCAGGGUUCAAUGAAUUUGCAACCGAUGUACAGGAAUGAAGCGGCUGCUGCUUUGGAUUCUAGUGGCAGGCACUACACUCCAGGGUCUCACCCAGAAAUCCAAGGCAGCUUCAGAGGAGACUGUGAACUCACCAGACUUUGUCCACCCGUAUAACCGCACCCAGUACUGUCACUGGCCUUGCCAGUGUCCGAAGCGCACGCCCAGGUGUCCGCCCGGAGUUAGCUUGGUAAUGGAUGGCUGUGAAUGUUGUAAGGCAUGCGCCAAGCAACUGGGAGAGAACUGCACAGAGGCAGACACCUGCGAUUACCACAAAGGGCUGUACUGUGACUAUAGUCGGGAUGCCCCUAAGUAUGAAGUAGGAUUGUGUGCGUAUAUGGUUGGAGUAGGAUGUGAGCUCAACGGAGCCAUGUAUUCCAAUGGGCAAAGCUUUCAACCCAACUGCAAGUACAAAUGUACAUGUGUAAAUGGUGCAAUUGGCUGCAUCCCUGUGUGCCGACAGUCCCGACCACCACUUGUCUGGUGUCAGAAUCCCAAGCGUGUCAAAAUACCAGGAAAAUGCUGUGAACAGUGGAUCUGCGAUGAAUCAAAGAAGCUAAAGAAGACUGCCCCUCGUCAUGUGUCUCUGUCAGCUUACACAGGUGAAUCAGAAGUGUGGCGCCGUAAUUGCUUAGUACAAACUACACCCUGGAGUCCCUGCUCAGUAUCUUGUGGAAUGGGAAUAUCUACAAGGAUUUCAAAUGAAAACGACCAGUGCAAACUAUCAAAAGAAAGGCGCCUUUGCUACUUACGCCCCUGCAACAUUAACAUUACACAGCAUAUCAAGGAAGGGAAGAUAUGCCGGAGUGUUCUCAAGCAAGCAGAACCCAUGAACUUCACAUUGUCUGGCUGUGUGAGCCGUCGUACCUACCGGCCAAAGUACUGUGGUGUCUGCACAGAUGACCGAUGCUGUACUCCCCACAAGUCAAAGACCAUCGAGGUGAACUUUGACUGUCCUGAUGGCCUGAGCUUCUCCAAGAAUCUGAUGUGGAUAAACUCCUGUUUCUGCAACUUGAGGUGUACGAGUCCCAAUGACAUUUUUGCAGAUCUGUCGUACUAUCCCGACUACUCUGAAAUCUCAAAUUAACUCAAAUUGAAAUGUAUGUUUUUUCCACUGACUGACGAUAAAAGAGUUGGGAAGGCAGGAAGAUCUAUAUAUUUCCACCUUGUGGUAACGAUGGCAAUCUCAUGCCUAUCUUCAGUGAGUUAGUUGCCUGAAAAUUACAAGUUCUCUACCUGCGCUUAAAGAAAUUAGUUUGUUUUGUAGAAAAUAAUGAAUUUAUUUCAUAUAUGGAAAUGUCCAUCAGGAAUUAUUAGGAAAAUAUUAUUUACUGUGAUGUCACUUUAAUACUUAGAUCAACAUCCAGAUUGUAAAGGUUACAUUGCAAGCCAGCUAUUUGUCUUAAAAGAGAAGUACAGUUCACUUAAUGACCCUACAAUUAAUUAAAUUAUUGCUACUGUUUUCUUAAAACCACUUCCUUAAAUUUUUAUCAAUUGGUAGGAAUGUUACUUCUAAGUUCCAAAGUUGUAAGGAGGGGUAGUUGAAAGCUAUCUUGAGGGAAUGUUCCAUACAUUUUUCAGAGAGAUCAACACUAAUCUGCUGAAAGUUUAAUCUGUUGUCUUGACUUUCAGUUCAAGUAAAGUUAUUAUUAACAGCCAAUGGCGUUAGCUAUAGUUUAGUGGUAGCACUUUCAAGAGACUACAUGACCUACUCCUGCUUUUGUUUCUUAUGCUCUUAUAAUGAGGUCAAUUAAGUUAGCACAGGUCUUAAAAUUCAAGGAUAUAGUAAAACAUAUUUAACAAUCAAAGUUGUUUUUGGCUGUGGUACUCUGUGGGAUGUCUUAUUCCUCUAAUUAUAGAACUUUUGCUGUUGGUGAGGAUUGCUGCUUGCUCAGCUGAAGGUGAGACUUACCUUUGAGGAAUAGAUCACAAUUGUACGAAGAAAUAUUUAAGCAUUUCUAACUGUCAUUAGGCCUUCAGAGCACUGUGCUUUGGUACAGUUCUCAUACAUUGCUUACAGCAUUUAAAAAGAAACUAUUCAGUCCCUCCCUUUCAUGUUAGCUUUCUGCAAGAGCAGCUCAGCUAGUUCCACUUGUCCGUCUCUUCUAUACAAGGAAACUUAUUCAAAAUAAGUGGGAAAGGCACAGGAUCAAAUACUCCCCAAACCAAACAGAUAGUGCAUUAUUAUAGCAAUAGGCCCAGAUGAAAUCAACCUCAUUUGAGUCUAAGUUGAGAAAUUUGAGAUUGUGCAAAAUCCACAGACAUUCUCCCUCUGUCAGCAUGGUUUUCUUCAGUGCUCCAGUUUCAUCCCACAGUCCAAAGAUGUGCAAGUUGGUUGGAUUGGCCAUGCUAAGUUGCAUCAUUGCAUUUAGGGAUAUGCAUGCUAAGUGGGUUAGCUAUGGGAUAUGCAGGGUUACAGGGAAGGGAUAGGUGGGUGGGAUGCCCAUCAGAGGGUGGACUUGAUGGGCUGAAUGGCCUGUUUCAUCACUGUCAGGAUUCUAUUCUAUAUAUUCUAUCAAAAAUGGGCGAAAAAACCCUCUUGCUAACACAGUUUGUGAAUUAGUUAGCAGUUCAGAUGGAAGGUCAUCAAACUGAAACAUUGGAGACAGUAAGGUCUGCAGAUGCUGGAAAUCAGAGUUGAGAGUGUGUUGCUGGAAAGUCACAGCAGGUCAGGCAGCAUCCAAGGAACAGGAAAGUUGAUGGUUUGGGCCAGAGCCCUUAAUCAGGAAUUUCAUCAGGCCCAAAAAGUCAAUUUUCCUGCUCUUUGGAUGCUUUUCCAGCAACACAAACAGAAGCAUUGGUCCCAUUUCUUUCCACAGAUGCUGCCUGACCUCCUGAACCUUUUCAGCAUUACUUUUCUUGUCUUAAAUUCCAGCAUCUGCCAUAUUUUUCUUUUAUUUGAAUGACUAGAAAGUAUUAUGGUGAUUUGGUCACAGUUUGACCAAGCAUUUAUCAAAUCAAAACAGUAACAUAAAUUCAAAUUGCCUGUCAACCCUAUGAACUUUGACUAUGAGAAAAUUAAAAAUAAACAGCUACACACAUCUGAAAAUCUUAUCAUCAUACUGAUGGGCAUGAACAGAUUUAGAAAAGAGUUUGCAGACCAUAAAGAUUUUAUUUAGCAGUCAUCUAUACAGAUACAUUUUGCAACAUGCUCAUCUCACAAAGGACCUCUUCCUUUAAAAUGACAUCCAAUUUGAAAAGUCAAGUUGUUUAGCCAGUUGCCAAAAUGCCAUCAGAAUGUUUUUUUUGUCCCUAAUCAAACCCCAGCAUCAAAUAACAUAAACCAAAAUGGAAGCAAUUAAGACUUUCAGUACUUAAACCCAAAACAGUAAUUCCUUGUUUGAAUAAUGAUGUUAUUUUGCUAAUAAAGGUGCUACUAUAUGACUUGUUACUUUAGAGUUUAAGCUACAAUUCAGAACUGAUCAAUUUUGAAGGCAGAAGGACAUUCUGUGGAAAAAUACUUUAGACACAGUCACAUCCUGGUGGAUAUUUGGAGAUGGUGGGGACAAUAAUACAGUGAUUGCUAAAGACAUAAAAAAAAGUGGAUAAAUUAACAAUGAGAUGUUUGAUGCAAUCACCUUAAUAAUUUUGAUUUUGGUCCAAACAAUCCAUAUUGAGAUGCUGAAAGUCUAAUCAUUAACAUAAAACGUGCCUUCCAGUCUGCUCACCUCACAACAGGGUAAUAUUGUUUUCAGAUAUUUUGAUUGAGCUUUACAGUGGAAAAGCCAACGUUCAAACUUGAGCCAUGAUUCUCACCCUUCACUCCCUGGUAAAAGAUGACAAUCUAAGAAUGGAAAGCACUCAGCGAUUGGUAGGACACAAGUAAACAAAGAUUAUUGAAAUAAGCUUUCUUCUUAAAAUCCAUGAGGUGAAAUGGUUUCACUGCUGAACAUCAAGGUGCUUCAAUAUAGAAUGAAAGCAAAAUGAAUAGAAAAAGUGUACAAUUUGUUAUCAGGGAUACAAACUAUAUAUAUGUAAAGGAAUGCUUUAAUAAAGAAAAUCUAUUUAAUUCCA